AUGCCUGUCAAUGACUCAAAAGACGUCGUUCCCGAUAGUUACUUUUGUGAAAGUUAUACUUGGUCAUACAUGGCAAGGCCUGUGGAUUGCGAGGGGCUUAUGAAGCUCUAUGUGUCUAGCGAUGGUCUGUUCCUGACUGUGGCAGCCGCCGCCGACGUUUUUGAUGCAACCCCACCAUCUAACUAUUCAAAACUUCUGGGAUAUGUCGCAGCUGAAGCGAAUGUUUGCGGCGCAAAUUGGACGUGUAUCAAGGAG